AUGGCAGCUGCUCAGAAACUACCCUCCAAGUAUGUGAAGUUGGCAAAGGCGCAGCUCGGUGAGGAUCCCAAAAACAUACCGGCACAUGUUGAAGCCCUUCGACGCUGGCUGUCCUCAAUGCCACAUCUCACUUGCCCAGACGAUGACGACUUUCUUCUCAUGUUUCUGCGACAAAGCAAGUACGUUCACGCGAAAGCGCAGGCCAGGUUGGAUAACUUUUGCACUCUCUCCACCAUGAAGUCCAUCGGCGACAUCGUCUGGGGAACUCCACUUGACUUGAAGUCGAAGACACUUGACAGCUAUCUCAAUACAGGCAUGCAUCUUCCUCUGAAUUACAUGGAAGACGGGAAAAUGUGCGUAUGGAUACGUCCAGGUGUAUGGAAUCCCGAUGCAUUUUCAAUAGGGCAAAAUUUCUACUACGCCUACAAAACCAUUUUCAUGAUCGCCUCAGAUCCACGAACUAUAAUAGGUGGAACUGUAGUCCUUUUGGACUUCACGGGUGGCACUUCAAAACAGGUUAUCAAAGAUCCGAACGUCAUGAAAUUGUGGGCCAGAUUUACGCAGGAGGCGGUGCCAUUGAGACCACGUCGCAUAAUUUUCUACAAUGAGGGCAAACUUCUAGACACCAUGUUGAGUGUCAUGAUGUUCUACAUGAAGGAGAAGAUGAAAAAUCGAAUGUUGUGGUGCGGUUCGGAUAUUGAGAAAGCCUUUGAAGCUGAGCCGGACCUGAGAGCUGUCCUGCCGCCAGAAGUAGGGGGUGAAGGCGAACCCCUCGAGGAUCUCAUUCAGGCGAAUAAGAAGCGCUUUCUUGAAUUUUACGGAAAGGGCGACCCUACAGGAACAAUUAAGGUGGACGAGUCGAAGAGGCCGGUCUCGGCGCGUGACUUCCUACAUGACUACAAGGACUACAACGCAAAUGUCAUGGGAAAGAGUGGAACAUACGUCAAGGUGGAUCAGGGCGAAAUAUAA